GCUACUCCCACUCCGUUCCGUUCCAUUCUCCAGCCUUAAACCUUUCGACUCUCCACCGCCCCAGCCCCUAGAGCAGAGCGAGGACUCGAGCACUAGCCCGUCUGCUCCUCCUCGUCCUUACCUCCUCUGGUUCAACCGCGGUUGGUUACGCAGAGCCAGCCAAGAACCGUAUACACCGGGGGAGCAAGUCGGGGGUCGGGACGGCGAUGAAGUACGUGGUGGUGACCGGCGGCGUGGUGAGCGGGCUGGGCAAGGGCGUCACCGCCAGCAGCAUCGGCGCCGUGCUCAAGGCCUGCGGCCUCCGCGUCACCACCAUCAAGAUCGAUCCAUACCUCAACACCGACGCUGGCACAAUGUCUCCGAUCGAGCACGGCGAGGUCUACGUUUUGGAAGACGGUGGAGAGGUGGACUUGGACCUUGGGAACUAUGAACGUUUUCUGGACAUCAAAUUGACCCGUGACCACAAUAUAACCACAGGAAAGGUCUAUCAGGCUGUCAUUGACAAAGAAAGGAGAGGAGACUACUUGGGGAAAACCGUCCAGGUUGUGCCACAUAUCACAGAUGAAAUUCAGGAUUGGAUCGAACGCGUGGCGAUAAAGCCGGUCGACGGUAAAGAAGGGCCUCCUGAUGUUUGUGUAAUAGAGCUCGGUGGCACUAUAGGGGAUAUUGAAUCAAUGCCUUUUAUUGAAGCAUUAGGUCAAUUUUCAUACCGUGUCGGGCCUGGAAACUUCUGCCUGGUCCACGUCAGCCUUGUUCCGGUACUAAAUGUAGUUGGUGAACAGAAAACUAAGCCUACCCAACAUAGUGUUCGUGGCCUAAGGGGACUUGGGUUGGCACCUGACAUUUUGGCAUGCCGCAGUACCGAGCCACUGGAGGAACAUGUGACAACCAAGCUCUCACAAUUCUGCAAUGUGCCAAUCCCAAAUAUUGUGAACCUCCAUGACGUUACAAACAUUUGGCAUAUCCCCUUGUUGCUAAGGGACCAGAAGGCACAUGAAGCCAUUCUGAAAGUUUUAGAUCUUCAGCUUGUUGGCAAAGUACAUCGAGAACCUAAGUUGUCUGAAUGGACCGAAAGAGCCAGCAAGUUUGACAAACUGAAAACUCCGGUUAAGAUCGCCAUGGUUGGAAAAUAUACCGGCCUGUCGGAUUCUUAUCUAUCUGUUUUAAAGGCUCUCUUGCACGCAUCAGUUGCUAUGGAAAGGAAACUUGUACUGGAGUGGGUUCCUUCCUGUGAUCUUGAAGAUUCUGCAGCCAAAGAGACCCCUGAAGCCCAUCAGAAAGCAUGGAGACUACUGAAGGGUGCGGACGGUGUGCUUGUUCCUGGAGGCUUCGGAGAUAGAGGAGUUGAGGGCAAAAUUCUCGCUGCGACAUAUGCACGGGAGAAGAAUGUUCCUUAUCUUGGCAUUUGCUUGGGUAUGCAAGUCGCUGUGAUCGAGUUUGCCCGUUCGGUUAUGAAACUAGAUGGCGCAAAUAGCACAGAGUUUGACCCGGCCACAGCAUCACCCUGUGUCAUCUUCAUGCCAGAGGGCUCCAAAACCCAAAUGGGGGCGACGAUGCGCCUUGGAUCAAGGAGGACGCAUUUCCUAGCCAAUAACUGCAAAUCCGCAAAGCUGUAUGGCAAUGCUACCUCCAUCGAUGAAAGACAUCGACAUAGAUAUGAGGUGAACCCUGAAAUGGUUCCAUUGCUUGAGAAGGCGGGUCUUUCAUUUGUUGGCAAGGAUGAAAGUGGAAGACGCAUGGAGGUAUAUAUACUUGUUAAAACAGUUGCUUUGAUCUUCAAUAUGCGCUUAAGAAUAAACUUCAUCUACUGGAUGCAGAUCAUUGAGCUGCCGAAUCAUGUGUUCUUCAUCGGUGCACAAUUCCAUCCUGAAUUCAAGUCAAGACCAGGAAAGCCAUCUCCGCUUUUCUUAGGGUUAAUAGCGGCAGCAUCCGGACAACUAGACCUGCUGCUCAAGCGCAGCUGCGGCGUCAUCAGUUCGAAACCGACACCACCCAGAUAUAGCACCAACGGCACCGGCACUGCGGUCCUGGCCAUAAAACCUUACCUCAACGGGCACGCGAAGAAGGCACUCACCAGUUUGGUGAACGGAUGCUACGCGAAUGGCAACGGCAUCCACAUCUAACUGAGCAGCCACGGCGUCACACAACAUUCGUUUCUGCUGCUUUGCUCGUAUCCUCUCGUCUCUUUUUUCCGGGAUUUCUUUGGUUUUGGAUUUGGAACUGCUCAAAUGAGGAGGCGAAGGGGUGUUUUAAGUGUUUUGCAUGCCCCCCCUCCACGAAAAUCUCCUCUCACUUGGAGCAACUCCAUUGAGGAUCUGGAGCUGCCAGAGGAAGUGUUUGGCUAGCCUAAAAGGUUAGCAAAAAAAAAAAGCUCCGGCCGUCAACACGCGUUUCUGAUAUUUUUACGAGGAACGUCCUCCAGUCAUGUUGAAGCAAAGGCUGUUUCCCCUAGGGUCUAGUGUGGUGUAUUCCUUUUGUUUUCCCAAAACUGUUUUGUAUCUUCAGUGGACCGAAUGAAUGGAAACCAGAUUUACUUGGUCUAA